AAAUUCAACGUCAUCGAUUGGCUGAAUCUCUUCUCCUCCGCCUAACAAAUAUCUCUCUCCAUCUAUCCAAUUCUCUCUCAAAGCUCCAAGAUAUUGCAAUGGCGGGUCGUGGAAAGACGCUGGGAUCCGGAGCGGCCAAGAAGGCCACAUCUCGAAGCAGCAAGGCCGGCCUUCAGUUUCCGGUCGGCCGUAUCGCUCGGUUUCUCAAGGCUGGAAAAUACGCCGAGCGUGUCGGCGCCGGCGCUCCUGUCUACCUCGCCGCCGUCCUCGAGUACCUCGCAGCUGAGGUUCUUGAAUUGGCCGGAAACGCCGCGAGGGACAACAAGAAGACGAGGAUUGUCCCGAGACACAUUCAGCUGGCUGUGAGGAACGACGAGGAGCUGAGCAAGCUUCUUGGAGAUGUCACCAUCGCCAACGGCGGAGUUAUGCCCAACAUCCACAACCUGCUGCUCCCAAAGAAGACAGGAUCGUCGAAGCCGUCUGCUGCCGAUGAGGAUUAAGCUGGAGAUGAGUCGGAAUUAGUUUAGUAGCAUUCUACAGUUUGUUGGGUUUUGUGUUUAGAUGCAGUUGGUAGGGAGUGAACUGACCGGAGCUUUCUUUACAUUCAGUCUUUGUAAAUGGGUGGCUGGAAUCCCAAUCCCUUCUUUUGUUGGUUUAGCUAAUAGUAAUGGAAAAAGGUUACAUUCUUGAGCGUUUAUGAAAUCAAAUUCUGCUAAAUUUUUAA